CGCUUUGAGCGCCUCUGAUCUCUGUGGUCCUCGUAGCCUUAACGCUCGAGACGCUUUUAAUUAGACGCUUCCCAGCCGCGCUCCUUCCUGACUUUUUAAUUCUCUUCCAACUUUUUAUUUUUAUCUCUUUCUUAGGAAACUUCUUAAAACGUGCACGUAUGCUAAUCAGCAGGUGAUAAGGAAUUACUCCCCUUCCUUUCUGUGAAAUACGUAAAUUCGACUCCUCUUUUGAAGAAGCUGUGGCCGCGCGCGGCGUGUUCCGGUCCACUUCCGGCCUCCUCGGACUCGUUGGGUUCGGAUCCGUGGACGUGGAAAAACUCACCUGGAUCCUCGGAGCUUCGGACGUUCAGGUGAAGCACAAAGAAAAACGCAGCAGAGCUGGCAACCAUGAAAGGCGGAAUGGCAGAUCGUCUAAAGAUGGGAGUUUUUAUCAUCAUGCUCCUGUCAGUUGCAGCUUCAGAUGAACAUGACCUUUUCCUGGAGUUUUGCGGCAAAUGGCGACACGACAACUCCAACCUGAGUCUGAACAUCAGCGUAUCCAAGGGCUGCUCUGGCAUCACUGUUUCAGCCAACGAGAGCUCUUUGUCUGUCAAAGGAAGCGUCACAGCUAAGUGUAAAAGGAUGGAAGUGAUUCCUCUCAUGAAGUAUCCAGAAGAGGAUCUAGACUUCUGUUUGUACUGGGAGCCUCUGCUGGACCAGCUCACGCUUGAGGUUGAGAAAGAAAGCUUCAUUCUCUGCCCUCCUUCAAGUCCUGCAGAAAAUUGUUGCACUGACCUGAGUCUAAUGGGAAUUGAGCUUGAUUCACGCUAUGGCAUCGCCGAUGCAAGAGUCCGAACUGAUAACGUUACACACAAAACCAGGUCAAGCUACAGCUUCCAAGGAGAAAUCACCAACUGCAAGAAAUUGUGUGACCAGGCUAACCAGACCUAUGUGAAAGGGUCUCAAAACACUCAACAUCCCUGCGCUCAGAAAUUUGUAAAAGAGAUAAAGAAAGCUAUCAGUGAUGAGAAAGUCUCACUUAAGGUAAGAUGGCACAGACCACAAGGCAGCAGCCUCUGCAGAGAUUCCCAGAUUUCCCUGCAGCCCUGCUGGAGGAAGACCCAAGACCGAUGCAGCGUCUGCAUCAUAGCAGCAGACUCUCCAAUCCGUCUAUCGAGCUCCCAGUCCAUUUUCCCACCAGCCGACACUCCUACUGUCUCCAUCCCAUCCACCAUGAAAACAAAAAUGAAGGUGGAGAACAAAGUGUCCGUCACCUUUUUUAAGAACAACUCUCUGUUCCAGGUUGGCUACGAGGAGGUUCAGCUUCUCAAUGAUGUGGUAGAAAUCACAGUGGAGAAUGAGGUCAUCGCUAAUCUGACUGAGCCCAUAAGCAUCGACUUUCACCAUAACCUCCUACCUUGGAACUAUAAAAGGAAAUGUGUUUCCUGGGACACUCUGAAAGAUCCCUUGAAGGUGAACUGGUUGGUGGAUGGAUGCAUGACAAAACGGAAAGGAGCGAAGCACACGGUGUGCGAGUGUGACCAUCUGACUUACUUCUCAGUGCUGGUGCAAAUGGAGCUUAAACCAGUGCGCCACCUACUGGCCCUGUCUGCCAUUUCCUCUGUGGGCUGUGCUACAUCCUUCAUCAGCUGUGUCGCCGUCAUCAUCUUUUUCUGCAGGAACAGGAGACGAUCAAAAGAGCAGUCCAUCACCAUCCACAUGGGCUUAGCCGUGUCUCUGGCCGUCCUCAGCCUGUUCUUCUUCUUUACUGGGGUUCUGGGCAACGUGGAGGUGGAGAGCAUGUGUAGCUGGGUGGGCGCCAUGCUCCACUACGCCCUGCUCAGCUCCCUCACCUGGAUGGGGAUAGAAGUGUUCAACACCUUCUGGAUGGUCUACAUGGUGUUCAGGCCGUCCCCGAGACCCUUUGUGUGGCUCCUCAUCGGCUUUGGUCUCCCAGCCGUCCCGGUUGCCAUCCUCUCUCGUGUGGGAAACAUCUAUGGCGUUGUAGAGAUCGUGCCAGCCGACGACAUCUCCACACCGUAUCGGAUGUGUUGGAUGAACAUGAGCGACCAAAAGACAAUCCUGGCUGCAUCGUUCACCACCAUGACGAUGCUGGUCAUCUUGGUGUUCUCUGGGGUCAUCAUGCUGUUCCUGGUCUACCGGGAGAUCCGCACCAGGGACGAAUGGAAGCAGAGCAGAGUGGCUUUCCUCAGCAUCUGGGGCCUGAGCUGCCUCUUUGGAACAACUUGGGGUCUCAUCUUCCUGAACUUCAGUCCCCUCGCUGACUUUUACAACUUCCUCUUCUGCUUCCUGAACUCUUUUCAAGGUUUCUUCCUGAUGGUGAGGUUCUGCAUGCUGGACUGGAUCCGCAGACAGGCCAGCAAGUCGGUCCUGGGCAGCACCAGCUCUGGAUCUGUCAAACAACACAUGCUGCAAACCACAGAGAAGAGUUAACCGCACCGAGUGAAACACGUGGAGUCCAGUUUAACCUGUUUAUAAAAAAAAGAAAAUGAUUAUGAGAUUAUGGGAGUCUGUUCUGAGAUCAUAUCAACGUAAACGAAAAGAUUCCCUCUAGAUCCAGUGUUGUCAGGUCGGGUGAAGAUGUGUGGGAGUUUAUGCUGUAAUGUACCAGCUCACCUGGUGAGACUCCGCCCAUCGCUCUGAGCGUCCAGGUUAUGAUGAGGGAAUGAAAUCCCUUAUAAACUACUGAUUGUAUCCUAUUAAGCUUAAAGAGAGUCUCAUACAGACCAGAAUGUUAUCCAAACACCUCUAUAUCAUCAUUAUAUCUGAUUCUAAUCCAUCAGCCAUAAUAACAUGACCGACCAUCUGAUUAUAUGAAAUCGAUCAGCUUUACGUCUCCAGAAGACCUCUGGACUGUCUGGUCUCUGACGAAGGACAGCUGGCUUUGUUCUGUUAGGGUCUGGCUCUGAAAUGUGAAUAUGAAUUUACUUCCUAUAGAUGCAACAAAAUGCAUAUUUUUCAGAACACAUUUAAAUCAUCUAAGAUGAAUUCAUAGUGGCGCCAGAUGGGGGACGACGAGUCCAUGAAGCAAUUUUCUGGCUAAAGAGGCUUAAAAUUCCAUCAGAUGUUUAAAAAUAAGCUGAGCAAAUUAAUUUGGAUAAACCCUGUGUGAUGACAGGCCAAUCAGAACGUCUAAAUGCAUUCUAGCAGGCAGUGAACACACCGUAACCAGGCUCUACUAGGUCACACUGUAACACUCUUCAGUGUGGGAGGUGUUACAGAAUGAAAAAGACUUCCAAAUUAUUUAUUAUCAGCAGAAGGGAGGUGUUUGUUAAUAAUCUCAAACAGUUUUAGGAAGCUGUUUUUCAGAAAGAUUUGCUCUUUACUACGUUUAAGAACCGUCCAACUAUAUCUGAUUGAAUCAGCCUGUGAGAGAGAGCCAGACUAACAGCCGAUAACAGGAAGGCUCGACUUAUUACAGCUUUAUCCAGCCUGUUUGUUGAGGAAUUUGCUGGAUUAGAAAAUGUUCGAACUCUCCUGUUGUUGAUGAUACACAUGGAGACUGCUAGCAAUGCUAACAGCUAAUAUAAGAUUCAAAAGUCUUUUUACUAUAUUAUUUAGGGAUGCAGGAUAUAAUCGGCCCCCUAUCGGUAUCGGCCUUAAAACUGAAUAUCGGACAUCGGCCA